GCUGACAGCUGCCGCCGGCCCGCUUCCUUUCCGGCCACCACUCCUGCCCCAGCACGUCGCAUCCGCCCAGCAAGCCCGCUCACUGUUCCUCAGUGCUGCUCUCGCACACUCAGUGCGCCCACUGCGCUCUCUGUCAUCUCCUUGCGCGAGCCGCGAAGUCGGGUCUCACUCCACCUCCGCACCUCCACGCGCGAUGGCCGCACGCCUCGAGGCAGCCAUGCUGCUGCUCACCGAGUCGCCGGCGCAAGCGACCAUCGUGGGCGUCAUCAUCUGUCUCUGUGCCAACGUCAUCAUCUCGCUGGCGCUCAACUGCCAGAAACUGGCGCACACGCGGCUGCAGCAGCAGCAGCGCGAGAGCAGCGGCGAGGAGGCGGGAGAGAGCAGCGAUGAGGAGGGCGCAGCGCAUGCCUCGACCGAAGCGGGCGAGCCGAGACUGGCCCUCUCGCCGACUGCGGCACAGCACGCGCCCAAGGGCGACAAUGUGCUCGGCAUUGUCGUCGUCGUGGACAAGGAUGCAGCCGAGCAGCGAGCGCGCACCGAGAAUCUGCCGCUCCUCUCGCCGACGCAGGCGCGCGACGGCAGCAAGUACGGCGCUACCGGGCGCAGCAGCGAUGCAGAACAGGCAUCGGGCAGCACUUCAGCCUCGGGCACGCUGCGCGGUGACGGCGGAGGAAAGACGCCGGCGUCGGGGUCGGACGAUGAGGCGGAGGAGGAGCAUCAGGGUCCGACGACGCAGUUCCUGAGAAGCAAGCUGUGGUGGCUGGGCUUUGGACUGAUGGUGCUGGGCGAGAGCGGCAAUUUCCUCUCAUACGGCUUCGCACCUGCCUCGCUCGUCGCGCCGCUGGGCGCCGUAGCCUUGCUUUCCAACGUCAUCAUCUCUCCUUUUCUGCUCAAAGAGCGCUUCCAAGUCUCUGACCUCUUCGGCAUCUUCCUGUGCAUCGUCGGCGCCGUCACGGUCGUGUUUGCAUCGCGCGACAGCGAUGUGCGCCUGGGCCCCGAUGGCCUGCUCCACGCCAUCAUGCGCAAGGAGUUCGUCGCGUACUCGAUCACCGCUUGCGCGCUGGGUGCGGUGCUGGCAAGCAUGAGUCGCACAAAGUGGGGCGAGCGCUUCGUGCUGAUCGACAUUGGAGUGUGCGCCAUCUUUGGCGGCUUCACGGUGCUGAGCACCAAAGGCAUCUCCUCGCUUCUUUCUGGCGGUCGCCCGCUCGAGCUGCUGAGCUUUCCCAUUACCUACGCUCUCAUUGUCGUGCUGGCCGGCACGGCCGUGCUGCAGCUCACCUACCUGAAUCGCGCACUGCAGCGCUUCGACUCAAGAGAAGUCAUCCCGACGCAGUAUGUGCUCUUCACCCUCUCGGCCAUCAUCGGCGCCGCGAUCCUGUUCCGCGACUUUGAGGACGUCGAUCCUCACCGCCUGAUCAACUUCUUCUUCGGCGUCGCCGCGCUCUUCGGCGGAGUCUUCGUCCUGACACGCCAGCACGAGUCGACGUCAGGCGACGGCGAUGAAGAGUCUCAGUCCGAGUCGCACGGCAACAGUCCAGAGCGCAUUCCUGUCAGCAUGACGCUGCCUUCCGUCGACGAGCGGCACGAAGAGUCCACUCCUGCUGCACGCCUGCAGAUUGCAGCGCCUUCAUCUGCGGAUCGACGGGCACGUCUGGCGAGACCAGGUCUGAGCGGCACAGUCUCGAGCAGCACGCAAGCCGGCGACGUCGGAGCGCUAGGCACCAGUGCGACUUCACAAGCAAGCGCACCAUGGUCUACGUCCAAGACUCCGCGCCGCAACAUCGUUGGACUGGCGCCUGCGUCCGGCGGUCUUUCGCAGGGCACCUAUCUUCUUCUCGCUGCUACUUCGCCUGCUAAACCCGGCAUGACACAGCCGUCAGGUGGCCUGAGUGGCUCUGCAAGCACAUCACGCCCCUUCAGAGGCCGUAGCUCGAGUCAGCCAAACACGCCGACUCGACGACGCAGUCGGAUGAACCUGCGCGCAGACGAUGCGGCACAGGAAGGAGAGGCGACUCCCAGUGUUGAUGCAGCUGCGAGGAGAGCGGCGAGACACCGUUCGCCUGACGCUGCCGCCGAUGCACGACGCCCCUCGACGGAGCGCAAUGCGCCAUCAACAGCGAGCGCAGCGCAGACGAGAGGACAGGAGACGCCGCUGGACGAGGAUAUGCCGUGGGCCAGCAGCGCGGCAGAUCAGAGUCGGAAUGCCUCGUGAGGCGGAGAGGAGGAGCUGCAAUGUCACGAUCCUAGCCAUG